CCUGGGCGUUUGGGGCCGGUUCCCCUCCCCCGACCUCCCGCGCUGUCUGCCCAGGCCUAGCUUCCCGCAGCCCCAGCGCCGGGCAGGAUCGAGAGGUUUCGGAGCCCGGGCGCGGGCGGCGGUCCAGGGUUGCGGCCACCGCCGGCCCACCUGCCCGCCUCAGCCCCCUCGGCACUGCCUCGGGAGCUUCAGCUGCCCCUUGCUCUGCAGGUUUGCCCCGGAGGGUCGGCGGGCGGCGCUGCGGGGAGGAGGAGCGCUGGGAGAGUCAAGCCGGCCAGUCCCCGGUCUCCGACCGCCGAGACCGCCCUCGCCCUUGGGAAUCCUUGGCUACCCAGACGGAAGGAAAGUAGGCGCCGGAGAGCCCGCUCCGCAUUUUGAUUCAUCUCGGGCCCUUUGGACAGAUAAGAAUCACCAGAAAAGCAGAUGGCAUCCGGGGAUUUCUGCUCACCUGGAGAAGGGAUGGAAGUACUACAACAAGUGUGCAGCAAACAGCUUCCUCCUUGUAACCUGAGUGAAGAGGACCUAUUACAGAACCCACACUUCAGCCAACUGCUGCUGAGUCUCUCACAACACGUGGACGAGAGUGGUUUAAGCCUCACGCUGGCGAAGGAGCAGGCCCGGGCGUGGAAGGACGUUCGACUGCAUAAGACAACAUGGUUAAGGUCUGAGAUUUUACAGAGAGUCAUUCAGGAGCUACUUGUGGACUACUAUGUGAAGGCACAAGAUACGGAUUUAACUUCUGAGGACAGAAAGUUUCAUGAGACCCUUGAACAGCGGUUACUCGUGACCGAGCUGACACGGCUCUUAGGUCCCAGCCAGGAGAGGGAGGUGCCUCCACUGCUAGGGCUGGAGAAGGCGGACCUUUUGGAGCUCAUGCCACCCUCAGAGGAUUUUGUGUGGAUGAGAGCCCGACUCCCACUGGAAGUGGAGGAGCAGCUCAAGAAGAAAUGCUUCACUGUGCUCUGCUACCACAAUCCCAGUUCAGAUUUGGACAGUGAAACCCUGAAAGCAGCAAAGGUGUGGAACCUCGCCGAGGUUCUGGCAGGUGAGAAGCAGCAGUGCCAGGCUGCCAAGAGCCAGCAGAAGGAGCAGAUGGUGCUGCUGGAGAAGAAGAGUGCCACCUACUCCCAGGUGCUACUGCGCUGCCUGGCCUUGCUGCAGAGGCUUCUUCAGGAGCACCGGUUGAAGACUCAGUCCGAGCUGGACCGCAUCAAUGCCCAGUACCUGGAGAUCAAGUGCAGUGCCAUGAUCCUUAAGCUGCGGAUGGAAGAGCUAAAGAUUUUGUCUGACACUUACACCACUGAAAAAGUGGAAGUUCAUCGUCUCAUUAGGGACCGUUUGGAGGGGGCCAUUCGCCUACAAGAGCAGGAUAUGGAGAAGUCCAGACAGGUCCUGAACACCUAUGAGGUCCUCGGGGAGGAGUUUGACAAGCUGGUGAAAGAGUACACCCAACUCAAGCAGGCAACUGAGAACAGGCGCUGGACCCUCCAGGAGUUCAACAAGGCCUACCGCUGAGCGUGGGUGGGGCCGGGAGGCUUGGCCUCUGCAGAGGAACCGUCUCCUUGUCUUCCUGCUGAAAGGACCACCUCCACCAGAGGCCACCUUCACUCAAGGGCGUGUGGGGACACUUGUCCAAAACACUAUAGUCCUUUAGGCACUCUUCUGGUUUUUCUUGUUUACUAUGACUGAGUCUCUUCUAGAAAAUGUAACCGAUUUGUAUCACUUUAUGUACAGUGAUUUGUGUCAGCCCUGUAUCCUAUUUGAUUAUCUCCUAAAUAAAGUGAUGAUGUUAUACCUUA